AUGACAAUUGACGAAUCACUUGUGCAUCGUGACCCAGAAAUUGAUUUGAUUAAUAAAGAAGCGAUGUCAGUUGAUGAACCACAUUUACAACAAGAAUUAGAAGCAACGAAAGUUUAUGAACCAAAUUUACAACAUGAAUCAGAAAUGACGACAGUUGAUGAACCAAAUUUACAACAUGAAUCAGAAGCGACGACAGUUGAUGAACCAAAUUUACAACAUGAAUUAGAAGCGACGACAGUUGAUGAACCAAAUUUACAAAAUGAAUUAGAAGCGACGACAGCUGAUGAAGCAUCGGAGCAAAGUGAAGCAAAAACUGUUUCUCAGAGGGAAGCUAAAUUGAAAAGUGUAGAAAAGGAAACUACUAAAGUCGAGGAGAUAGUCAACGCCAGCGAUAAAGUUAAAUCGCUAAAAAGACAACUUCACCUUUUAUUUAAUCAAAAUAAAAUUUCUGAAUCAUUGACAUCAAAAGAAAAUACUGAUCAAUCUAAAACCGACAAUCAGGUAGUGCUUAAGCCAGAUAAUCAAGUAGCAAUAUCAAGUGAAAAAGAUCUAAAGAAGGUACCAGGUAAAGCGAUUCAUAUAAUGGGAAAUCCAGUUUGCGAAAAGUGGACUAUGAGCCAAGCCAAAGCCGAACAAACUUUACAACACUCCCCUACACAAGAUAAGCCUGAGAUGGAACUUCCUGUUCAAUUAAAUGUCAAGCUCAGUCAGAAGUUUACGAUACCUCAGGCAUUAAAACUCUCAGAUAAUGUACCUACAUUCAUUUUGGCUGGCGAUCGAUUCGUUCGAGAGGAUAAAGUUUUGAUAGAUCUGGAUAAAGAUUAUUCAGUUGAAUCUAGUAUAAAACAAUUACCGGUGAAGUUGUCUCCCGAACUUCAAGAAAUCGAUUAUACGGGAUGGAUUAUGCAGCAAAUUGUAGAAGAAUGUCAAAAUAACCUCAAAAAAAAUAAAAAUCAAUUUAAAGUUAAACCGAGUGGAUCUUUUCUUGAAGAGUUUGAAGGCUAA